AUGGUGAAGAAGAUCUGCGUCUUCGGCUCGGGCUCGUUCGGGACCGCCAUGGCCACCUUGGUCGCAAGAAACGACCCUCUCGCGGACGUCGUCAUCCUCACGAGACGAGAGGACGUCCAAAGAGGCAUCAAUGUUGCGCACAAAAAUCCCACCCAUUGCUCGGAGUUUACGUUAUCGAGAAACAUUCGAGCGACGACGAAUUCGGAAGACGCGCUGCGAAAUGCCUCGGUCAUCGUGCACGCGAUACCUUUGCAAAGCACGGAACAGUUUUUGGACGACGUGAUAGAUCACAUACCGAGACUUGGAGAGAUUGUGUUCGUGUCGACGAGUAAAGGCAUCGAAACGGAAACGUUGGAGUUGCCGUGUCACUUAUUGGAGAGAGUUUUGUACCGGCAAAAGGAGAAGAGCAGACGAAGGACAAACGUAAAGUUGGCGUAUUUGAGCGGACCGACGUUUGCGAAACAGUUAAUCAACGAAACGCCGUCAGGGGCGGUGAUGGCGGCGAGAACGAUGGCGCUGUCGAGGAAGGCGUGCGGGUAUUUCGCGUCGCCGUCGUUUCGGUGUUAUCCGUCCACGGACGUCGUCGGGGUGUGCGUUGGGGGCGCGUUGAAGAACGUGGUGGCGAUUUUAGCCGGUGGUUUAGAGGGGAUGGGGUUUGGUGUGAACGCGGUGGCGUUGUUAGUAACGAGAGGUUGUAGAGAGAUGACGAGGAUUGGGAUCGCGAUGGGCGCGAGCGCGACGACGCUGGGCGGGUUAGCCGGGGUCGGGGAUUUGAUGCUCACGUGUCUUGGCGCGGACAGUCGGAAUAAGGCGGUUGGUUUUGCCGUGGCGUCGGAGGACAAAUCGGUGGCGGAAGUUUUGGAGUCGCGCGCGGCGUCUUUGGCAGGCGUGGCGGAAGGCGUGGCGACGGCGCCGGCGGCGGCAAAGUUAUGCGACGAGCUCAAAGUGGACGCGCCGAUAUUUAAAGCGUGCGACCAGAUUUUGAAAGGAAAGAUAACGACAAAAGAGGCGUUGCAUAGGUGCAUGACGUUGCCGGUGCGACCGGACGCGCCGUUGAGACGGAAAGGGUUCGUAAAGAGAACGCUUUUUGCGCAUGUAGUCACAGCGGGCUUGGCGGUAUUCGUGUCCAAGAGACGAAGUAAGGGGAAAAAAGAAGGAAAGGAUGUUUAG